UUACAAGAAUCACCAAAAAGAACAAGUCACCGAAAUCGAGCCUUCUUUAUUUUGAUACCAUACGGAGAAAAGCAAAGACGUUAGUGACUUGUGGAACAUGAGUGUGUCAGAAUACUCAAGACGCGUUUUCCGUCUGGGAGAACUUGAUUUUGAAUAUGCUUUUUGGCAAGUUUUGCACUUGUGUUUAUCACCUUCAAGGGUAUACAGAAACACCAAAUAUCAUAAACAGACUAAAAAUCAGUGGGCCCGCGAUGAUCCUGCGUUUCUUCUUAUAUUAAUAUAUCUAAUUGUGCUUAUUGACCUUGCUUAUCUCGUUUGCUUCCAAAUCCGUGGCAUCUCACUACUUGGGUACAUUGUGAAAGACGUUACCUUGUUUAUAUGUAUUGGUUGCCUGGUAACUUUGGUUUUUUGGUUUUUUUGCAACCGUUUUCUUAGAAUGUCAGGAAUGUCAGUAUUAUUUCAGGCAGUGGAGUCUCGAGUUGAAUGGCUAUAUGCAUUUGAUGUUCAUUGCAAUAGUUUUCUCUUAUUUGCUUUGAUUAAUUAUGUAGCUCGCUAUUUUCUUUUACCCGUAAUAUAUGACAAAGGCUCAGUUUCCUUGUUUUUCUCCAAUUUCAUCUAUUUUGCAUCAGUUUGCUAUUAUAUAUAUAUUACCUUUUUGGGUUAUGAUAUAUUACCUUUCUUAAGACGUACCCACUAUUUACUUUAUCUAGUAUUACCGAGUGCAGUUUUGCUUCUUUCUCUGUGUUUUGCUGGAGUUGAACUUUGGAAACCACUAUAGCCUCACUUGAAUGUUCUCAUAAGGUGCUGCUUAGGCAUCGGAUCGUAUUGUAAUAUAUCGACAUAAAAAUCCGAAUCUUUAUUUUGUAAAAUAUGCGCACCCUCGUGUGGAC